GUGUUAAAGAUAACAAAGGUGUUGAAGACAACAAAGGUAUUAGAAACAACAAAAGUAUUAGAGAUAACAAAGGUGUUGGAAAUGAUAAAGGUAUUAGAGAUCAUGAAAGUAUUAAAAACAAUGAUAAAACAAGAAUAAAUAAUCAAUUUA